UAGUUGCGGAGCAGCAGAGAUGGAGUGCCAGCGCGCCGCGGUUUCUUACCUGAGCUGGGCUCUGAUCGUCGGGGGCGGGGCCUACCUGCUGCAGCAGACGCGCUCCUGCGCGCAGUACGGGCGCUACGCGGCGGAGCAGCAGCGCUGCGUCCGCAGCGGGCUGGGCUGGUUCCUGCAGGAGGUACCGGCCUUCCUGGUGCCGCUGCUGCUGCUGCUGCUGCAGGGCACCGGCACCGGCACCGGCACCGGCACCGGGACCGGCAGGACGCUGCUGCUCUGCACUUUCAUGCUGCACUACUUCUACAGAAGUAUAAUCUACUCGUUCCUGACCCGAGGACGACCGGUCCCGCUGAAUAUCGUCCUCUUCGCUGCCAUCUUCUGCUCGCUGAACGGCUUUCUGCAGGGACACUACCUGCUGCACUGCUCCCACUCCGAGCUCACCUGGACGACCAGCCCUCACCUUGCUGCAGGAUCUCUUCUGUUUGCGGUGGGUCUGACCAUCAAUAUCCACAGUGACAACAUCCUGCGCAACCUGAGGAAACCUGGCGAAUACGUCUACAGGAUCCCUCGCGGGGGAAUGUUUGAGUGGGUGUCUGGUGCAAACUUCCUCGGAGAGAUUAUAGAGUGGUGUGGCUACGCAGUCGCGGUGUGGUCUUUACCAGCCUUCGCUUUUGCCUUCUUCACUGCAUGCUCCAUCGGACCCAGAGCCUACCAGCACCACAGGGACUACCAAAAGAGGUUUGAAGACUACCCCCGCUCCAGGAAAGCCCUCAUCCCUUUCAUUCUUUGAAGACACAGGACACUCCAUGAUUAAUUUAGAUUAGAUUAGAUUAGAUUAAACUUUAUUGUCAUUUUGCAGAGGCAAUGAAAAACAGUUUUCAUUCAACCAGGAGUGCAAAGAAGCAUUAAGUACCAAGUACAGGUAUAGUAUUGUUGUGUUAACAAUAGAGAUUAAUAAUGUAUGCAGCUGUCUC